UUUCUUUUACUAUUUAAGGACUGAAUACUUGUUAGUUUUGUUUGAAAUUGAAAAUGUUUUUCAAGUUUUUGCACGACAAUUUUUGUCGAGCUGGAAAUAUAAUUGUGUAUCAACGGCCAGUUUGAAUAUUUUUGUAAAAUCGAGUAGAAACUUCGGUAAAGUUCGCAAGUAUGAAGUGCAUGUUGUGCAGGAUUAAUUGUGGGAAAAUCAUCAGAAAUUUGCGACAUAAUCGCUAUUUUAGUGCAAAAUGUGAAGAAAUACCAAAAGUGAAAUACACAGAUACUAUUAAUCUGCCAAAGACACAAUUCCCUGCGCGAUUGGACGCCAAAAAGCGGAGUGCAAUUGAGAGUGGAAUAAAUGAGCACUGCUUCCAGCCACUGUACAGAUGGCAGAAUGAGAAUCUCAAGUCACCGGCAUUUGUCCUUCACGAUGGACCACCGUACGCGAAUGGGGAUCUCCACAUGGGACAUGCCAUCAACAAGGUCUUGAAGGAUGUGACUAUUCACCAACAUAUCAUCCGUGGGAGAAGGGUACAUUAUAUUCCGGGAUGGGAUUGCCAUGGGCUGCCAAUUGAGCUGAAGGCUCUGGCAGGAGAUUCCUCAUCAGACGCUGUAAGAAUUAGGAAAAAAGCUAGGGAAUUUGCUCUGAAGACAAUUGAGAAGCAAAAGGCUGGGUUUAAAGCCUGGGGAGUGGUUGCGGAUUGGGGGAAUGAGGAUGCAAUCUACAAAACUACCUCUCCGGGAUUUAUUGCCAAUCAAUUGAGGGUGUUCUUUGAUUUGUACACGUCUGGAUUGAUUUAUCGAGAUCUGAAGCCUGUCUACUGGUCACCAUCUUCGAGGACUGCCCUGGCAGAGGCGGAAUUAGAGUAUGAUAGCAAUUUUAGGAGUCCUUCUCUUUAUCUGAGAUUCAGGAUAAAUUCUGGUUUGAAGGAUUUUGAGGAGUUAACGAGGGGAAGGAGGUUAUGGGCUUUGGUUUGGACAACAACUCCUUGGACAUUGCUCUCAAAUCAGGCAAUUGCCUUCAAUGAUCAAUUGGAUUAUUCUCUGAUUGGGAUGGAAGGGUCUUCUGAUUGCUACAUUGUAGCUUCGGAUUUGCUAGAAGAAUCCCGAGGGUUAUUCCCGAAUCCGAUUGAGAUCUUUGGGAAAAUCCCAGUGGAUCUUUUUCCCAGGCUCAGAUAUGAGCAUCCGGUGUUAGAAAAUCGGGACUUACCCUUUGUCCCUGCCUCCCAUGUGUCCGCAACCAAAGGAACGGGCCUUGUUCACACGGCUCCUGCUCACGGAUUUGAGGAUUUUCUCAUUGGGAUGCAAAACAAACUGCCCACAGAGUGCUUUGUUGACGAACUUGGAAAUUUCACAGACAAUUCCCCAGACUUCCUGCGUUCAAAGGACGUUCUGGGCGAAGGAACUCAAGCAAUUCUCGAUUUUAUUGCGACUAGAGAUUUGAUAGUUAAUCUUGGGGAGAUUGUUCAUGCUUAUCCCAUUGACUGGAGGACAAAAAAGCCCAUCAUUAUUCGUGCUAGUGAUCAAUGGUUUAUCAAUACUGAUAAGAUUAAAGAGAAAGCCAUUGAGGAGGUUGAGAAAAUCAAGAUAUUCCCCAGAGUGUCAUCGGCAGUGAGUAAAAAUCUCCUGGUUACUCAAUUGCAAAAGAGACCGUAUUGGUGUAUAUCGAGGCAGAGGGCUUGGGGUGUCCCUAUCCCAGUUUUCUACAGAAAAUCCUCCAAAGAAGUCGUGACUUCCAGGGAGAUUCUUGAGAAAAUAUGCCAAGAAACGCUGAAAAAUGGAAAUAUUGAUUUUUGGUGGGAGAAAUCUGUAGAAGAAUUGCUUCCGGAAAGCGAGAAAAAUCCCAAAGAUUUGGUAAAAGGCUUAGAUAUCCUGGAUAUUUGGUUUGAUUCGGGAAUAACUUGGUCGUAUGCCCUAGAAGGUGCUAAAAUUGCUGAUCUGUAUCUUGAGGGAAUAGAUCAGUUCACGGGAUGGUUCCAUUCCUCCCUGAUGACAAGUGUCGCCUUGAGAAACCAAUCUCCCUACAAGGCAAUCUUUGUCCAUGGCUUUGUCCUCGAUGAAAAGGGUCAGAAGAUGUCCAAGAGUCUGGGAAAUGUCAUUCAUCCAAAGGACAUUGUCAAGAAACACGGAGUGGACACCCUUCGAUGGUGGAUUGCAGCCCAUGGCACCCAACACACAUCAAUCCAUCUCAGUGAAAACAUCCUCCAAGCCUCGGCUGAGAGUGUCCAAAAAAUCCGAGGAAUUCUCCGGUAUUUGAUUGGAAUUUGUGGACAAAUGGACAAACGUGACUUCCCUGAAGAUCUAACCAAAUAUUCGUAUUUGGACAGAUACUUCUUGGGCAAAGUCAGUGAAUUUCAUAAUUCAAUUUUUACCAUGUACGACUCAUACGAGUACAAUCGCAUCGUGUCAGCAAUUCUGAAUUUUAUGGCCAACGAUGUGUCCAGCAUGUAUCUUCAUUUGUCCAAGGACCGACUCUACUGUGGCUGUGAUGCUGAACACAGCAGGAUUCAGCAGAUAAUGAAUGCGUGUUUUCUCAUCUUGGCCAAGACUCUGUGGCCAAUUGUGCCAUUUCUUGUGGAAGAAUGCUGGAGCCACUGCAAAACUCAUGUCCCAUUCUACCGGCAACCAAUUGGCAUUCCUCCAGCAACUUGGGAGGGCACCGAGGCAAGGGAGGUCAUUGAGAAAUGUCUCACUGUCAAGGAGGCACUCAACAAAUUAACCACCCAGACAAAUACUUGGAAAUUGAAUAUUGAAAUUCAAUGCAAUCCCAUCGAUUUCGAAUGCUUAAAGAAACUCCAAGAACCUGACGGCAAAGAGGAUGAUUCGGAAUUGAGCGAAAUAAUGCAAGUUUCGCGAGUCAAAUUGACUAAAAUGGAUCACAAUGGAGACUUUAAAAUUCUCCUGGAUACUCACAACUCUCCUCUUUGUCCUCGCUGUCGCAGAUUUGCCAUCAAUCCAGGUGAAUCCGUAUGUCAUCGCUGUGAAAGUGUCUUAAGAACAAAGAACCGCACUUUAGCAGAAAAAUAAAAGGUAGGACAAUUAUCUUUCAAAA